CGAAUAACAAAAAUGUCGCUGCGCAAAAGCUGGUUGCUACAGCCAACAGAUGGCGCCAGCCACCAACUAUCGUUGCCCGGCAACCAUUUGAAUUAAUCAAAGCAUAAACACAGUGACAGGUGAAGACCUUUUUGCACUGACAGCGAAAAAUUGUGGAAAAUAAAUAUAUAUUAUGAAAUUUAUACCGCUGCAUACCACAAAUACGGCUAUAGUGUACAAGAAUUCGCUAUGCUCGCUGGCAUCGCUGUUGGUUGUCGUCUUCAUCGCCUUGUCGGUCAUGCUGCCGGUUCUAUUGGUCUCCCUGCUCAGCCCCUACUCGGGCAUCUCGGAGUCACGUGUGCUCUACGAACAGCCCAACGUGCAGUUCAAAUAUCAAUACGUCUUUGUAGCCAACCUGGCCACAAAUGAGGCAUCUUCCUCGCCUGGCUUUGUGGCCUGCAGCAGCUUUGGCAACUUUAAUGCGCGCACACAAAACUAUUCGGGCAACUGUGAGGCGAGUAAGUAUUGGACACAAGAUCUGGAUCGUGAUACGGUCACGGAUCGUCUACACUUUCGUCUGGAACUGAGUGAGCUGCCCACCGACCUGACUAAGUUCGAUCUGCUGCUCUUCUUCGAGGCUCAACUGCGACACAAGUGUGUCUUAACUCCACCAGCUGUGCUCGCCUAUCAACUGCAAUUGCCGCAAUCAGCACGGAUGCAAAACGGACACAUCCUGCUCAAGGGUGAGGUGAAACUGAAGCAGUACGUGGAGUUCACCUGUCCCUUUCCGGGCCGCAACAUUCAGACGCACUUUCGUCAGGUGCAGCUGGACAGCAAUUCAAGUCAUGCGAACAUUGCGCAAUACAAAAUGGAAUCGUUGCUCGGCCAGGUCAAGGCCAAUCCUGCCUACUUUCAGCUGGUGGUGCAAGAGACGUACUUCAAGCCAACGGCGCCACGUCUUGAGCCCGGUUUAAUCAUCGAACUGGAAGUGGAUGUGCUGCAAGUGCCUGCGCGAUACCACUUGAGCAUUUGGGAGCGUUUGGGACAAUUCUGGUUGUAUUUCGCCUCAUUUUUCGGCAUCUCCUUCUACAUUAUGAACAAGCUGAAGGAUUUUCUAUUCGGUCGUCAUAUCAUACGCUCCUGGGAGAUUAUACCCUGGAAGAAACUCUACUGACAUCAGUCGGGCGCCAUACUGGAGAUGGACAACUUCUCCAUUGGCGAAUGAAGGAAUGGAGAAGACGCUUGUCAUUAUUUCAGUCAAUGUUUAAAUUAAAUAACAAUUAUACAAUGAAUUUAAAAACUUGUAAGCCAGGUUCAGUGUGGGGAGUAGAAAGCGGAAGACUUCUUCUUUCUCUACUUGUCGCGACUAUUCGA